ACGUCAUAACCCAGCGCCGACAUCCCCAAGAUGGCGCUGCCAACCACGUCUUCUGUCUUCAGCUUCCUGCUUCCUUUCCAUGUGGUCAGGAAGCAUAGUUCGGCCCCGGGAGCUGGUAAUGUGGUAUCUGUAGUCCCCGUCCGCUAUAACCAUGCAGGUGUCUAAUGUGAACGACGUGAAGAUCUAUAACCUGAGCUGCGGCAAGUCCCUGCCGGAGUGGCUUUCUGACCGUAAGAAGAGGGCGCUACAGAAAAAAGAUGUUGAUGUUCGGAGAAGGAUCGAACUUAUCCAGGACUUUGAAAUGCCCACGGUCAGCACCAACAUCAGGGUCUCCAGAGAUGGACAGUAUAUUAUGGCAACCGGGACGUACAAGCCUCGCGUCCGCUGUUAUGACACUUACCAGCUGUCUCUGAAGUUUGAGAGGUGCCUGGAUUCAGAAGUGAUUAAAUUUGACAUCUUAUCAGAGGAUUAUUCAAAGAUUGUCUUCCUCCAUAGUGACCGAUACGUAGAGUUCCAUUCACAGCAUGGCUUCUACUACAAACUGAGGAUACCAAAGUUUGGCCGAGACUUUUCCUACCACUACCCUUCCUGUGACCUGUAUUUUGUUGGAGCAAGUUCUCAGGUGUAUCGGUUAAAUUUAGAGCAGGGACGCUACCUGAACUCCCUUCAGACUGAUGCAUCACAGAUUAACGCCUGUGACAUCAAUCCCGCGCACCAUUUGUUUGCGGCAGGCACGCUCGAGGGUAAAGUGGAAUGCUGGGACCCCCGGGUAAGGAGUCGUGUGGGGAUUCUGGACUGUGCCAUGGGCAGUGUAACUGAGGACACAGAGAUUGAGGGUUUACCAUCCGUUUCUGCCCUGAAGUUUAAUGGACCUUUGCACUUGGCUGUGGGCACGUCAACAGGACAGGUUCUUCUGUAUGAUCUUCGCUCCAACCGACCGCUGCUAGUAAAGGAUCACCAGUACGGCCUGCCCAUCAAAUCCAUACAGUUUCACGAUCCAUUAGAGCUUGUUAUAUCUUCUGAUUCCAGAAUCAUCAAAAUGUGGAACAAGGAUAAUGGCAAAGUUCUUACCUCUCUUGAACCUGAGGCCGAUGUGAAUGAUGUUUGUCUGUAUCCUAAUUCAGGAAUGCUGUUCACAGCUAGCGAAGCUCCUAAGAUGAAUGUCUAUUAUAUUCCGGCACUGGGCCCUGCUCCCAGAUGGUGCUCGUUCUUAGACAACCUGACUGAGGAGUUGGAAGAAAACCCUGAAAACACAGUCUAUGACGACUACAAGUUUGUCACUAAAAAAGAUCUGGAUGACCUUGGACUGUCCCAUCUGGUUGGAUCACCCAUGCUCCGGGCUUACAUGCAUGGCUAUUUUAUUGAUAUACGGUUGUAUCAUAAGGUGAAAGCCAUGGUCAAUCCAUUUGCUUAUGAAGAAUACAGGAGGGAGAAGAUAAGGCAGAAGAUUGAGGAGACCCGUGCUCAGCGCGUUCAGAUCAAGAAAUUACCAAAGGUGAAUAAGGAGCUCGCUCUCAAACUUCUAGAAGAGGAAGAUGGGGAACUUCCCUUACUGAAGAAAAAGCAAAAGAAAAUGCCCAAUAUUCUCUCCGAUGACCGAUUUAAAGUCAUGUUUGAGAAUCCCGACUUCCAAGUGGAUGAGCGUAGUGAGGAGUUCAGGCUGAUCAACCCACUGGUGUCUAAAGUCAGUGAGAAGAGGAAGAAGAAGUUGAAGGCGAUGGAAAUGCAGCAGGAGAAGGAGGAAGAGGAAGAGCCAGAAGGAAAGCCAAGUGAUGCAGAGAGCUCCGAGACUUCCGACGAUGAAAAGGGAUGGGUCGAAGAGGUCAGGAAACAGCGCAAACUCUUACGCCAAGAGGAAAGAUCCAAGAGGCAGGAAAGGGAGAAGGAGGAUCGGCAGGCAUCCCUCAAGCCUCAGUUCUAUGAGAUAAAAGCCGGGGAGGAGUUCCGAAGCUUCCAGGAUGCUGCCAGAAAGCAAAAGAUGAUGAGGAAAACACUUGAAGACCGGCUGAAGGUAGAAGAGAAGCUCGGAACACUCAACGUGGCCGACACAGCCGUGGGCAGCAAACAGUUAACGUUCCAGCUGAAGAGGUCUGAGCAACAAAAGAAGCGACAAGAAGCUGAGAAACAACACAAAGAGGAGAGGAAGAAGCUGCGGCGCUCUGCAGGACACUUGAGGAGUAAACCCGCCAGGGGGAGGCCGACCUACUGAGAGACUUCACAUUUUCUAGAGAACUUUAUGAUGGAUGGCUGCGACGUGUGGGACUGUGAGCCGUGCGUUUCCAACAUGACAUCCUUGUGUCACCACUUGUGCCAGACUGAGAGAGUCUGCCGGGUGUGAUGAAGCUUUGUAUGAUGUCCAUGCCUAUAAAUAAAGCUUCAUUUAUUUUUUAUUUAAUUUUACUUUGAUACUAA